AUGAGCCGAGCAGUGCUUGUUUUUUUGUUGUUGUUGUUUUUUUUUUUUUCCACAUUUAAAGAGCGUUUGGUUGAUAAUUUAGGUUGUGAAGACAAGAAUGGACAUUGUCCUUACUGGAAACAACGAGGAUACUGUAAGGGAAGAUAUGAAAAAUACCUGAGGAGUAACUGUCAGAAAAGCUGUGGUUACUGUACUGGCGGUGGAGGCGGUGGUGGCGGUGGUGGCGGUGGCUCGGGACAAUGUGGAAUUAAACCUCGCGCUCGAAUUGUCGGUGGUACCGAUGCCCCUAAAGGAGCUUGGCCGUGGCAAGCACAGAUAAGGACUACCUCAGGCUUUCCUUUCUGUGGAGGAACUUUAGUUGCACCACAAUGGGUUGUCACAGCUGCUCAUUGCGUACCUAAUAAAUCACCAAGAGACAUUCGUGUCAGGUGAGAUCAUAUUAAGAAAAGAAAUAUAGCUUAAUUUAUAAUCAAUACAUGUGCAUACACACCAAGUAAUAUGAUCAAAGCAAUUACAAAGGGAAAUCAAUGUUAAGCAGUUAACUCGGAAGCAUGAAAGUUAAUCGUAAUCAGACGAGUUUAAUCAGUGGUUGAUCAAUCAACUAAUGCAUCCAUCGUCCCAGUUAUAAACGGUCCGUUUUGUUCUUAGUUGCCGGCGUUUAACUGCGACAACCUCGUGAUAUUUGCCCCCUGUGAUUAAGAAUGCCUAUUUAAAAAAAAUAAUUUGAUUUUUAGAAGAAAGUUGUUCAAUUUUCUAGACUUGGUGCUCACUAUCGCAUUAAAAGCGACGCUGGAACAGAGCAGGAUUUAUACGUGGAGAGGAUCAUUUCUCAUCCCAGCUACAGGCGACCUUAUGGAUUGGCGCAUGAUAUCGCAUUGAUCAAACUCCAACGACCUGCUCAAAUUAACAGAACUGUUAACCUGGCGUGUUUACCAGUAUCAAGCGGUACUGUCUCAGACGGCAAGAUGUGCUGGGUAACAGGUAUAAACCGACGUGAAUUUCUCUCAGGUUUAACCAUAGAGGGAAAAAGUCAGGCAAUUCUUAAUUUCCCCUAUAUCAUAAUCAAGUCUUGAAUGUCAUAACUUUUCAGUUACUUUUUUUGGUAUUUAGCUCUUAAUACUCUUCCUUACACACAUCAUUCAUAUGACGGCCAGAAUAAGCUCGUAAAUGGUCCGAUAGAUGCUGCCAGUCGCACCCUCGUAUGUUGACGUCUUAAUUUACUGCUGAUAUAUCAUUUAAAAUAGGAAAAAUCCAUUGUUCUAUCGUCCACGAAAUAUCCUUCUUUCGUCUUUCUUUUUCUUGGACCUUCAGGAUUUGGAAGACUCUCCUCAGGUGGUUCGUCUCCAAACGUUCUCCAACAGGUUUCUGUGCCCGUGGUCUCCCAAAGUGCCUGUAAAUAUGCUUAUGGCUCAUCCAUUCAUGACUCCAUGGUCUGUGCUGGUCUAAGAGAGGGUGGCAAAGAUUCCUGUCAGGGGGACUCUGGUGGCCCCAUGGUUUGCGAGUCAGGUGGAAAGUACUAUCUCGAGGGUGUUGUGUCAUGGGGAUAUGGAUGUGCCGCCCCAGGCAAAUAUGGCGUCUACGCCAGAGUUCGUUACCUGAGGAAGUGGAUUGAUGAUAAAAUGAGCUGA